CUAUGUUCUGAUUCUGACAUGAAGUUAAAUUCGAUGUACUUAAUUGAACUGUAUUGUAUUGAGUUACAGCUUUGAACAAUAAUGAUUUGCGGAUCAUGUUGUUUUUGAAUUCAAUUUUUUUAUUUCUCUCUAUGAACAUCGGCAGAUUAUGAAAACAAAGUUCCGAACAAACAAGCUUUUAUUACCUAAAAACAAAAGUGUGAACAGUUGCUAGCCGGCUUUGACUUCUUCUGAGUCAUAAUAUUAAUUGUGAUGACUUCAUAUAUCAGAUAAUUGCACCAUUCCAUGAAAUGUUUGUUGUACUGUAUUGAUUUAUUGAAGCUGCUGUCUACUUUAGGGCUCAGUGCAGUGCGACAAUUGAGGAACGCAUCACAUCUGACGAGUAGUCCUACUCACAAUGCCGCCGUUGACGCUAGACGGAGACACUCUCGGGGAAAAGCACAAACAUUUCAACAAGCUUGUGCAAGAAGCUAUUGCUAAUAAACAAUAUGAACCACGUAACAUUAGUGAUGAAGAUAGCGACAUAGACAACCUUCUAAAAAUAAACAUCGCCGCCAAAACCAGAAAUGUCGACUACAUCAUCCAAGUUAUAAAAUCCAACGACAUGCUGUACGCAGCCACAGCUAUUAAGAAGUCCAGGUGGCUGGUGACAGAGGCGCAGUACGCGCACAUUAUCAACCCAGAGUACCUGCACACGCAACUGUUACCUAGCAUGAACACCAAGACGUUUAACAAGCUCAUGCUGCACAUUAGACUACAUCUGAAGGACGAGAAGCGAGUCGAAACGUUUUAUGAAUACCUUAAGGAUACCGACGGCGCUUGCAAAUGGCUGCAAAACUGUUCCAUACCUUUCAUAGAAAAUGUUAUAAAAAACGAACGACUCAUACCUCUGGAUCUUUUCAAACGUUUGUGCAAAAGAUCUGCCCAUUUUAUGAAAUAUUAUACAAGAGUGGAAGCUGACAGUGCAUUUGACGUGAAACGGGAAUUACUGUUUUUGUUGAAAUCUCAUACUCUGGAUAUUUUAAAUAUAUUGGAAGAUAAAGUAAAUGAAUACUAUCCCGAUAUGGGGAAAAAGAAAACCAAGAUUGUUAUGAAAACAUGUCCAGAGAGAAUACUGACCAAGUUUGACAGGUAUGUGAGCGCAAUCGACUUAUCAGUAGCAACAAAAUAUUUAAAUAAGAAAGAUAUUAAAUCGUUUCUUCAUAAGCAAGCUCCAUAUAUUGUCUGCCGAUUGUUUGAUAAGAACAUUUUGAAACUUUUCAUCAAUAACAUGCCAGAAGAAGAGAGAUUUGAGUUCGUAAAAAAAACUUUUAUUGACAAGACUGAGAUGUCGCUUAUAUUUACACAAGAAGAAAAAACUAUGAUUGAAUCAUCUAUAAAUCCCUACCAGUGGUAUGAGUACGCACCAUUCCAUGUUGCUCUACCUGAAUUAGAAAAGUUGAUACGUAAAGAGUCCGCGCCGCCUGAAAGAUGUGCUAUGCUCUCAGUUCUCAUCCGAUGUACAAGGCGAAACCCUCAGCAUAUUAAAACACUGGUCAAUUAUUACGCUGAAAAACACAUCAACGAACCAUUUAUAUUUAAACUCAAAUUCGUGAAUAAUUUGCUUUCAGAAGUGCCUACUCACGAAUUUGACGUUGAAACCUGGAAUAUCCUAGAUAAAUUGUUCCACAGUAUGGAAUUAUAUACAGAGACAGAUUACGAGCUACAUAACGUUCAAAUGUCUCUACAGGCUAUUUUAUCAUACAAACUUCUUCACGAUGAACCAAUACCAGAAAUCAUUAAACAAAAGAUGAAACUUGGCUGGUCAAAACAGAAACAACUGAAUGAAAAACAAGAAAAUAAAGUGUUUGCUUAUUUACUAGAGUUAGCGAUGGAGAAAGUACAGAUCGAAAACAUUAAGAACGAAUCGGAAUUACUUGAUAAUGUCACUCAGUUGACAAAUGCGUUGGACUUGCUAAAAGAUUGGAAAAAAGAUAUUAAUAACUAUCCAAUAAUUCUAGAGAAAAUACAUGAGCUAGUUAGCAUAAAAGAGAAGAAUUCAUGGCCUCAUUUAAAUUUAUCUAGUUUGUAUUUAACGAAUAAAUCGUGGCGUAAGUCAAUGUUCCAGGAUUCAUUGGCUCUAUGUGUGAGUGAAGACACGUGCCUGAAUGCUCUGAAGCACGAUCCUCAGUUACUCGAGCGUCACGACAAGGAGAUAGACACGUUGCGCAGUAACGAUGCCGUCUCGCUGCGGCGUCUGCUCGCCAAGCUGCGCGUCUACUGGCCGCACUCACUCGCUCAGCAGUGGAUCGACGCGUACUUGCUAAAUCUGAACAACACCACCGGACACAAAGCCGCCUUCAAAGGCCUCUUCUCGCUUCUUCCACAAAAAGAAGUAGUUGAAUUCGCAAAAAAGCAUGUUCCACACGAUUUUAAAAUAAACUGGGGAGAGACUGAUCAAACUGAAAUCAAAAUCCAGAAGAAUAUUGCGAACUACUUAUAUUACACCAGACCACUGAUUCCUUUAGACACGGUGUUGUGUUAUGCUAAAGGAGACUACUUACAAUAUGCUGUACCAUCACUUAAUUCUAUUUCGCAUAAUUUGAGUGCAAUCGAAAGUAGUGAAUAUGUGUCUAAAUUAUUGGACGCACCGGUCUCUUUACAAAAACAUGGAAUCCAGCUUGCAUUUUUAAAACUAAAAACUGACGAUCUUAAAUCACUGUUUUCGAACAUUUGGGAUCGUACGAAGAACAGUUCAAUACAAGCCGUUCUCUUUAAAAACACCUUCGAUAAAAUGUGCAGCGUCAACAAUCCAACAGACGAAACAAAACUCUGGGAGUUGUUGAGAAUGUUUAUUGGUAAGUUAGAUAAAUCUGAUGGAAAUGGUGUCAGUCAAGACAUAUUUAAAAAAUUAGCUAACGUGAAAAAGGUCCCCGUAAGUGUACGAGCAGAAUAUUACAUGACAAGUUAUGAGUAUCUGACUUCAUUACCUGCGAGCGCUAAUUGUGAGUCCUAUGUCAAGCAGCUUACACAGUACGCACCAGACAUAAUGGAGAGACUUGAGGAUGAUUUCGUUGUCGAAAAAUUAUUGUCAUCAGCUGAAGAGAAAUUUAUUUCGGUUAACAGUGAAUUUUUGGAAAUAUUCGCAUGCUACGUAUUGUGCGGAAAAAGUCAGGAGGGUCAGCUCAAGAGGUUCCAGACAGUUAUAAAUCCAGCAAUGAAAAAAGCUUUCCAAUGCUGGGGUAACAUCCAUUCGAACGAUUUUUACGUUAAGGACAAUUUAAAAGAAUUUUUAAGAAACUUGGUUUGGAAUUUCUUAAAAUAUUUUACUUCCAAUAAAAUAACUGUACCCACUAGACUGUUUGCAGAAAUAAGAAAUAUGAUGGUAAAUGAGUUACCGUUAUUGGAGAACUACUUACUAAUUACGAGUUGGAAAUUGGUUACAGAAUAUGUUUCUUCAAUGAAUGAACUCGGAUUCAAGUGCGAUGUUUUUGAUACAACCAAAUUAGUCGAUUCUGCGCGUUUUGGUAAUGGGUGGAUGACAGACGAAAUGGAAAAUCUCUGGAAAGAUAUUCAUGUUGAAAUAUCUCCUUCAUUCGGUGCAGCAGCAGUAAAGUGUCUCAAAGAAGACGUUAUCCAAUACAGUACAACGAUACAUAGUUUGUUUUCCGAUGCCUUCGAGAGAGCAUUCCAAAUGUUAUCUUUUCAAAAUUAUUACUUCAUUCUAGAAACACUACAGUACAUGCUGAGUGAUGUUGAAUGUAUUUCGAGUUAUUUAGUCGUUUCCAAAAUAAUGCCAAAAUAUGUUGAUGACGAGUUAAAACCGAAAAGAUCAGAAAUACGCAAUAAAAUAAAGUCACAUCCAUCAUUAACCGUGCAAGUGCAUUAUAAUAAUGAUUUUUGGGAUAUAGCAGAAGAUUGAGAAAUCCAAGUAAAAUAAUCUACUUACUCACCCAUCGGGAUUCUUAGAUGAAUAAAAGAAUGUACAAAAGAUUGUGAAAUCGCGUUGUAAAGACACUAUCGAAGGACCUUUGAAAGAGCAUUGUUGUUUAUCUGCUAUAAACGCCCAGCACACUACCUAUCGGAUUUACACUAGCACACACAUUGCUACAACUAGCAUUGCUUUUUGUUAUUAAUAUUAUACGACUCUUACCCAUAUUUUAUUUAUAAUUUAUAUCAAUUAUAUUCAUGUUUAAAAUUCUAAUAAAAUAUAUACUUACAAAUA